GUAUUAAAAGUUUUUACGAAUGUCACAUAAUUAAACUUCGUGAACAUAUAAUUGAUAUCGAAAAUAAUAAAUGGUUAGGUUAUAAAAAGGCUUACAUUUCAAAUAACCUUAAAGAUAAAGAGUCUAUCAGUGAGCCGAAAAAUUCAAUUAAAGAGUUAAAAGAAUCAACUAAAGAGCUGAAAGAAUCAACUAAUGAGCCUUCUCUUAUACUAAUUGAGAAGGAUAUUAAAGAACUAAAAGAUCAACUAAAGAGCUAA